AGAAGAAGCAGACAUUCUCUGCAGCCCUGGUGCCGUACAUUUUUGCCCCCAAAUUUAACCAACUGAUACAUCCAAACUGGUCACACUCUGCUCACAUGUUGUUCACAGCUGUUCUUAACAGAGCGCACAAAUUCUGUUACGCAUAUGUUUUGUAACCGAACUGCAUGAGAAUAUCGUUAAAAAUUUAUUAAAUCGAUUUAUCUGUGAAAAUGCAAAGCCUUGUACGCCUGCUCAGUAACUGCACAUUAACGCUGCAGCCGCAACAACGCGGCGCAGUGGCAAUGCUGCAGCAGCUGCGCACCAAAACGAAGGUCGUCGAGAAACCCAAGCCGGGCGCGGGUCAACAAUUCCGACGCAUCGUUCACUUCCCCGAGCAAUAUACGGUUGCGCCGCUUAAAAUCACACAUCUCGCCGGCCGUGAUCCCGUCACGGGUCGCAUUGUUGCCAAGGGCAUUGGCGGCGGCAUCAAGCAGCAAUAUCGUUGGAUCAAAUGGGUGCGCGACGGCCCCAGCGAGGGUGCGCCGCAGGAGGAACGGGUCGUGGAGCUGCUGCGAGACGGUUGUCGCACAGCCAAAGUGGCGCUGGUCGCCGUCGGCGACGAGCUCAAGUAUAUACUGGCCACGGAGAAUAUGCGCGAGGGUGACAUACUGAAAACAUCACGCGUAAUUCCACGCAUACCGGUGCGACCCAACGAGGGUGACGCCUAUCCAUUGGGCGCCCUGCCCGUGGGCACGCGCAUCCAUUGCCUGGAGAAGAAUCCCGGACAGCCCUGCCAUCUCAUACACGCCGCCGGCACCUUUGGCACCAUAUUGCGCAAGUUCGAUGACAAAGUUGUAGUCCAGUUGCCCUCCAAGCGGGAAUUUGCCUUCGAUCGCAUUUGCAUGGCCACCGUGGGACGUCUCUCCAACGUGGAGCACAACAAGGAGCAUGUGGGCAGUGCGCAGCGCAUGCGCGAGCUGGGCAAUCGACCCCGUUCCGGCCUGUGGAAACGCAAGGAGGGUAAACACGGACGCAAGAUACGCCGCUUGCCGCCCUUGACGACGAUAUCGUCGCCGCCCCUGCCUAAGGAGGAGGAGAUCAGGAUGACGCUCAACUUGUAAUUUGAUGUUGUGGAAAUUUCAUU